AGCGGGGAGACGAAAACAUCGGAGGAAGAAGAAGAAGAGAGCAUAUAACUAAUCAUGUCAGAGUCCAAUGCAAUGGCCAAUGGGCUGGCCGGUGCAGGCGGUGGCAUCAUUGCUCAAAUCAUAACUUAUCCUCUUCAAACGGUAAAUACUCGCCAGCAAACCGAGAGAACGCUCAAGGGCAAGAAGCUGGGCCUUCCUCAUUCCCCUAACACGCUUCUUCAGAUCCUCCAGGUUGUUAGAAGCGAGGGUUGGGGCGGGCUAUACAGUGGCCUCAAGCCUUCUCUCCUUGGUACCGCUGCUUCUCAGGGCAUUUACUACUAUUUUUAUCAAAUUUUUAAAAAUAAGGCUGUGGCCAUUGCUGCUGCCCGUAAAGUCAAAGGACGUGGAGAUGGUACUGUUGGCAUGCUUGGUUGGCUUGUUGUGGCUGCUAUUGCUGGGUCCUUGAAUGUUUUGUUUACAAACCCACUAUGGGUUAUAGUGACUCGCAUGCAGACACAUACUCAAGCAGAAAGAAAAAUUAUGGAGGGAAAGAAAGAAGCUUUGCGCAGAGAAGCAUCAGAAAGCAGUUCUGCCGGUUCAACAUUACAAGACAAAUUAGCUGAACUGGAAUCUAUAAAACCUCAACCAUAUGGAACUCUACAUGCAGCAAAUGAAAUCUAUAGUGAAGCAAGUAUCGCUGGAUUUUGGAAGGGUGUCAUCCCUUCUUUGAUUAUGGUGUGCAAUCCCUCAAUCCAAUUUAUGAUUUAUGAGAGCUCGUUAAAGCAUUUAAAGGCAAAACGCACGGCUAAGAAUCAGGGGAAUAAAAAUGUAACUGCUUUUGAGGUCUUUUUGCUGGGAGCCCUUGCAAAACUUGGAGCAACGGUCUCAACAUAUCCCUUGUUGGUUGUUAAGUCAAGGCUUCAAGCCAAACAAGAGAUUGGUGGAAGUAGCUCGUUAAGAUACUCAGGUACUUUUGAUGCAAUACUUAAAAUUAUCCGUUACGAGGGAUUACCUGGAUUUUACAAGGGGAUGAGCACAAAGAUAGUACAGAGUGUUUUUGCUGCUUCUGUUCUAUUCAUGGUCAAGGAGGAACUUGUUAAGGCUUACAUGGUGUUGGCAGAUAAGAGCAAGACACUUGUCUUAAAAAGUUGAGUAACCGAGUUCAUAACCCAUAUGGAAGGCAAAUCUGUGCAUUGUACAAAUAAUGGGACCACGCAGGCCUGGAUGAGCCAUCUUCUUGGCACUCAACUGUGGGCAUGUGAUCUGUAAUUGUCCUAAAAUUGUGAAUACCAGGAGAAGGGGAAAAAAAAAAAAAUCGAGAGUCAAUUGGAGAACGUUACCUGCUUGGUAAAAUUAGAAUGAGAAGAUAAGGAUUUUAAUUAUUUGAACAUGCUUUUAUUGUUUGAUGUAAUUGUGAAUUUAUAAUUAUUUAAUUUGAAUAAUUAAUAAAUUAGAGUUUGUUUUUUA